UCAUAAAUUAUACGCCCCGCCCCUCGGUGGUCUGUUUGUGUUGGUGGCUUGUACACCGCGCGCCAAUACUGUCAACAUUCAGCCUUUCUUUCAGCCUUUCUUUCAGCCUCGUCUGAUCUUACUGUCGUUCCUUCGUCCGCAUUCUUCCCAAAAAUGCGUGAGUGCAUCUCCAUCCACGUAGGUCAGGCUGGUGUCCAGAUUGGCAAUGCCUGCUGGGAACUCUACUGUCUUGAACACGGCAUUCAGCCGGACGGACAGAUGCCCAGCGACAAAACCAUCGGAGGUGGAGAUGAUUCCUUCAACACCUUCUUCAGCGAGACUGGAGCCGGAAAGCACGUCCCCAGGGCUGUGUUUGUGGAUCUGGAGCCCACUGUCAUAGAUGAGGUCCGCACUGGAACAUACCGCCAGCUGUUCCACCCUGAGCAGCUCAUCACAGGAAAGGAGGACGCCGCCAACAAUUACGCUCGCGGUCACUACACCAUUGGCAAGGAAAUUAUUGAUCUGGUGUUGGACAGGAUCCGCAAACUGGCUGACCAGUGCACAGGUCUCCAGGGUUUCCUGGUCUUCCACAGCUUCGGUGGUGGUACCGGUUCUGGUUUCACCUCCCUGCUGAUGGAACGCCUGUCUGUUGACUACGGUAAGAAGUCCAAGCUGGAGUUCUCCAUCUACCCAGCUCCCCAGGUGUCUACUGCUGUGGUGGAGCCCUACAACUCCAUCCUGACCACCCACACCACCCUAGAGCACUCCGACUGUGCCUUCAUGGUGGACAAUGAAGCCAUCUAUGACAUUUGCCGUAGGAACCUUGAUAUCGAGCGUCCUACUUACACCAACCUCAACAGGCUUAUUAGUCAGAUUGUGUCCUCCAUCACAGCCUCUCUCCGUUUCGAUGGUGCCCUCAAUGUCGAUCUUACUGAAUUCCAGACCAACUUGGUGCCCUACCCCCGUAUUCAUUUCCCACUGGCCACCUAUGCUCCAGUGAUCUCUGCAGAGAAGGCUUACCACGAGCAGCUCUCUGUGGCUGAAAUCACAAACGCCUGCUUUGAGCCGGCCAAUCAGAUGGUGAAAUGUGACCCACGUCACGGCAAGUACAUGGCCUGCUGCCUGCUGUACCGUGGUGACGUGGUGCCUAAAGAUGUGAACGCUGCUAUCGCCACCAUCAAAACCAAACGCACCAUCCAGUUUGUGGACUGGUGUCCCACUGGGUUCAAGGUGGGCAUCAACUACCAGCCCCCCACUGUGGUUCCAGGUGGAGACCUGGCCAAGGUGCAGAGGGCUGUGUGCAUGCUGAGCAACACCACAGCCAUUGCCGAGGCCUGGGCUCGUCUCGAUCACAAGUUCGAUCUGAUGUACGCCAAGCGCGCCUUCGUGCACUGGUAUGUUGGUGAGGGUAUGGAGGAGGGCGAGUUCUCUGAGGCCAGAGAGGACAUGGCUGCCUUGGAGAAGGAUUAUGAGGAGGUUGGUGUUGACUCCAUUGAAGGUGAGGGAGAGGAAGAGGGAGAGGAGUACUAGAGUGUGGGAACAAAAAUGGAAAUUAAAUCAGGUAGCCAGUAUGUACACAUGAUAUUCCUUAAGUAUCAAGUGUAACCUCUACUUCUGAAUGUGUACUAUUGUUAUUGUCUUGGCCAGUAUAAUUGUCUGUGGCAUUUACCAGCCAAUUUUUCAAUGUGACUGAAUAAAGAUAUGACUCAUUUUUUA